CCCGCGUGUGGGCGGGGCUUGUCAACGCCUCCUGCGCGUGCGCGGAGGGGGGGGGGCGGCCCGGAAGGCGGCCACGUCUACCGGAAGGGGUCGGCGGUGCCCGGACCGCGGCCUGCUCCGCUCAUGUUCCUGAAAUUUUAAUUUUGUAGAGGUCAUUGACAGACAUCAAUCAUGUCCUGGCUGGUCGAUCUUGCUGGAAAGGCAGAGGAUCUCCUCAACAGGGUCGACCAAGGUGCUGCGUCGGCUCUGAGCAAAAAGGACACAGCAAGCAGUGCAGUUUAUGAUCACAAGAAUUUGGACUCUGCCAAUGAGUAUUCUGAACUGCGCCAGCAUACGGGAGAGCUGAAGUACCAGACGUCAUCCAAAGCAGCCUACAUUUCCUCAGCAGCUGAUAAUAUUAAACACCAAAAGGCUGCAAUCCUAGCAGGAACAGCAAAUGUGAAGCCAGCACGUAGGACAUCUUCGGAAGUUGCUUCUCCUGCAGAAAGCGUUUCCACACCCAGAGCUUCCUCACAUUUUGUGAGGAGAAAAAAGUCUGAACCUGAUGAUGAGUUGUUAUUUGAUUUUCUCAACAGUUCUGAGAAAGAGCCUAAUGGAAGGAUGGACUCUAAAAAAGAGAAGAGCAAGGCACCUGUUACUCAAAAUCACUCUCGGACUUCAAGCAUUAGUUCUGUGUCUACUAGCACGCAGAGUGGAAAAACUACUGAAGAUAAUUCCACCAGGAGCCAAGGCAAUGAAACUCCAGACAGUUCAGAUUCUGGUCUGGGAGCACAAGUGGAUGGCGUGAAGGAUUCGUCACUAAGCGCAGUAGCUAGUCCUAGCCUUACAGCUAAUGAUGAUUUCAAAUCACACGAGCUAUCCAAUCUUCGCCUGGAGAAUCAGCUGUUGCGGAAUGAAGUUCAGUCUUUAAAUCAAGAAAUGGCGUCAUUAAUUCAGAGGUCCAAAGAAACACAAGAAGAAUUGAACAAAUCCCGGGAAAGAGUAGAGAAGUGGAAUGUUGAUCAUUCGAAGAGUGACAGGAUGGUUAGAGAACUUCGAGCUCGAGUUGAUGAUCUGACAGAAGCUGUUGGUGCCAAGGAUUCCCAGCUAGCUGUGCUGAAAGUACGGUUGCAAGAAGCUGACCAGCUUUUAAGUUCUCGUACGGAAGCUUUGGAAGCACUGCAGAGUGAAAAAUCACGGAUAAUACAAGACCACAGUGAAGGGAGCAGUCUGCAAAAUCAAGCCCUUCAAACCCUUCAGGACAGGUUACGUGAUGCAGACUCUGCACUGAAGCGAGAGCAAGAAAGUUACAAGCAAAUGCAGAAUGAGUUUGCGGCGCGUUUAAGUAAAAUGGAAGCAGAACGUCAGAAAUUGGCAGAAGGGAUAACUGAAGCUGAAAGAAAGUUUUUAGAUGAAAAAAGGCGAGCUGAUGAGCUUCAGCAGCAAGUCAAAGUAACUAAAAAUCACCUAGAAUCUGCAAAACAGGAGCUGGCAGACUACAAACAAAAAGCGACUCGCAUACUCCAAUCCAAAGAAAAGUUGAUAAACAGCCUAAAAGAAGGCUCUGGUAUUGAAGGUAUGGAUAGCCAUACUGCAAGCACAGUGGAACUGGAGGAACUGAGACAUGAGCGUGACACUCAGAGAGAAGAAAUACAGAAGCUAAUGGGACAAAUACAGCAGAUGAGAACAGAGCUGCAGGAUAUGGAGACUCAGCAGGUGAGUGAAGCUGAGUCAGUGAGGGAGCAGCUUCAAGACCUACAAGAGCAAAUAGCAGCACAUAAAAUGGCCAAGCAAGAGGCAGAAGCUGAACUAGAACGGCAAAAACAGGAACUCCAUUAUACUGAGGAGGAAUUGUAUCGAACAAAAAACACUUUGCAAAGCAGAAUAAAAGACAGAGAGGAAGAAAUUCAGAAGCUCAGAAAUCAGCUCACAAACAAGGCUCUAAGUAGUAGUAGUCAGACUGAACUAGAAAAUCGACUUCAUCAGCUGACAGAAACACUUAUUCAGAAGCAGACCAUGUUAGAGAGCCUGAGCACGGAGAAAAACUCACUUGUCUAUCAACUAGAAAGGCUUGAGCAACAGCUGAAGGCUAUCCAAGGCAGUAGUUCUAAUGGACCUUCCAUUAACAUGUCAGGAAUUGAUGGUGCUGAAGGUGCUCGUAUGCGUAAUGUUCCUGUCCUUUUCAGUGACAUGGAUACUAACAUGGCAGGAAUGUAUGGGAGAGUUCGCAAAGCUGCCAGUAGUAUAGAUCAGUUUAGCAUUCGACUGGGAAUCUUUCUAAGACGCUAUCCCAUAGCAAGAGUCUUUGUAAUCAUCUAUAUGGCAUUGCUUCAUCUGUGGGUAAUGAUUGUUCUACUUACCUAUACCCCAGAAAUGCAUCACGACAGUCCCAGUGGCAGAUAGACCGAGACAGGACCAUAUGCUGUGCUAUGUAAUUUGGACUGGCAGUGUAUUUAGAAUAACCAGUCCAGAAAUACUGGCAAACUUUUUCUCAUGGUGUUUAGGAAGAAUGAAAACGAUCAUGCCUGAUUUAUCACUACUUCUUAAAUACACAUAUAAUACUAUGUAGCUUUUCCAAUUUACCUAAAAAAGCAUCACUUUCCUGAAGAAAUAAAGCUAUUAAGUUAAGCUCAGUUUAGCUUUUACAUUUUACAUAAACCUUCUCAUGGUCAGUGUAAAAGAUAAAGUUUGCACCUACAGAGAAAUGCAAGGAUUGCUGAAGUUACAGAUAAAUAAACUGUUUUAGAUAGUGCUGGUUAUGGGCUAUGGUCAGGUAAAAAACUGUACUUAGCAAUUUAAAUAAACCUUUCUUUCUGGUUUCUUUCAGUCUGCUUUUGCACUUCUGUUUUUAACUUUGUAAAUAGUAGUCUUUUCUUUAAGGAAACUGUUAAACUGAAAAAAUAACAAUGGAUUGGUGCAAUAUCUUUUUGUAAAUAAGCUGAAAAAUAAAAUAUUAUACAUUCUUCUUAGCUUUGUACUUCAGUGCAAUAGAUGUAUCUUCCCUAUCAGCUGAAUAGUGGGGUUGCCUAUUUAAAUGCUGGUACUAGAGCUUUAUUGGAGAGAGAGAAAUGGAGGUUUCAAGAAGGAAGGUUCAAAUCCUUCAGAAAUAAUGGUGUUUCCUUUUCCUCUUGAAAUUUAUGUAUUUUAACUGCAUUUUCUUAUAUACCUCUCAUUACUAUGUGUCUUAAUCAGACCUUAUAAUCACUGAAAUAUUUAUUUUCUAAAACUUUAGGUACCUAAUUAAAACUAUUUCUCUGACAGAUUUUGUAUAAUGUAAAAAUAAUUGUCUAAAUACUUACCAAAUGUACUAAUAAACACAUCUCAUCAAAUACAUCUCAUCAAAGACUUAAGUAAAACCCAUAAAAUCAAACCAAAUCUACUGUAAUAGUUCUCUUGUUAGACUGGCAUUUUUAAUUAUGAAUUCUUGAUACACUAGCACAAUAAUACAAGGUCACUUUCUUUCCUUAAGAGUUUUUUUCCUAUGUAGUACUCAAAGCUGAGUAAUGAAAAGAUGACUAAAAGCAAUUUGUCACACCUACUCUAAUGGAUAUAGUUCAGUCUUCAUGUGACUUGAACAUGCUAAGCUUUGGUCCUGUGCACGAAGUCUGUCAUACUGUCUCCUAUGGAAAUGUUACAGUGGAAAAAUGGCUAUUGCUGCUCUGAUUCAGAUCUAGUAGAGAAAACUGAAAUGUUUUGAUGAAUUAAAUAAUAAAAGAGCAUUU